GCGCGGGGCGGCUGGGCGGGAGUGCGCUGCUGAGCGGGGACCGGCGCUCGCAGGCGGCCGAGGCGGACCGGCCGGCCCCGGGGGCCGAACGCCUAGGGCCAGGCGGACGCGGCCGGGGCAGCUCCGGGCCAGGGGCGGGCCGGGGGGCUGCGGCGGCAGCGGCGGCAGCGGGGGCGGCCGGCGGGCGGCCGGGGCCGGGACGAUGACUCUGGAGUCCAUGAUGGCGUGUUGCCUGAGCGAUGAGGUGAAGGAGUCCAAGCGGAUCAACGCCGAGAUCGAGAAGCAGCUGCGGCGGGACAAGCGCGACGCCCGGCGCGAGCUCAAGCUGCUGCUGCUCGGCACGGGCGAGAGCGGGAAGAGCACGUUCAUCAAGCAGAUGCGCAUCAUCCACGGGGCGGGCUACUCGGAGGAGGACAAGCGUGGCUUCACCAAGCUCGUGUACCAGAACGUCUUCACCGCCAUGCAGGCCAUGAUCCGCGCCAUGGACACGCUCAAGAUCCUGUACAAGUACGAGCAGAACAAGGCCAACGCGCUCCUGAUCCGCGAGGUCGAUGUGGAGAAGGUGACGACGUUUGAGCACCGGUAUGUCCACGCCAUCAAGACCCUGUGGGAUGACCCUGGCAUCCAGGAGUGCUACGACCGGAGGCGCGAGUAUCAGCUCUCGGACUCCGCCAAGUACUACCUGGCUGACGUGGACCGCAUCGCCACCUCGGGCUACCUGCCCACCCAGCAGGACGUGCUGCGGGUCCGAGUGCCCACCACCGGCAUCAUCGAGUACCCUUUCGACCUGGAGAACAUCAUCUUCAGGAUGGUGGACGUGGGGGGCCAGCGGUCAGAGCGGAGGAAGUGGAUCCACUGCUUCGAGAACGUGACGUCCAUCAUGUUCCUCGUAGCCCUGAGCGAAUACGACCAAGUGCUGGUGGAGUCGGACAACGAGAACCGCAUGGAGGAGAGCAAAGCCCUGUUCCGGACCAUCAUCACGUACCCCUGGUUCCAGAACUCCUCGGUCAUCCUGUUCCUCAACAAGAAGGACCUGCUGGAGGAUAAGAUCCUGCACUCGCACCUGGUGGACUACUUUCCUGAGUUCGACGGGCCACAGCGGGACGCCCAGGCCGCCCGGGAGUUCAUCCUCAAGAUGUUCGUGGACCUGAACCCCGACAGCGACAAGAUCAUCUACUCGCACUUCACGUGCGCCACCGACACGGAGAACAUCCGCUUCGUGUUCGCGGCCGUCAAGGACACCAUCCUGCAGCUCAACCUGAAGGAGUACAACCUGGUGUGACGCCCGGCCGCCCGACGGGGGGGGGCCCCAGGCGGGCCCUUCCUGGGGGCGCGUGCCCGGCCGGCUGCCCCGGCUCCGCCCGCAGACCGGUUGAUUUCGUUUUCAUAUUUUUAACAAAUGGUUUUUAUUUCACAGUUAUCAGGGGACGUACGUCUUUCUUUCUUACACCCCGUGCACCUUCUCCCCUGUGUCCGCGGCAAGGCCGCUUUUUCCUGGCCUUGACUCGGGGCUCGCUUUUUUCUAAAAAAUAAAAAAAAAAAAUAAGAAGAAAAAAAGAAAAAAAAAGGAAAAAGAAGAACGGAUGGAGACGACGAGUGGAGACGAGCGGCCCCGGGCCGGCGGCUCCCGGCGGUCACGCAGGGACAGAGCCACCCGCCGGCCUCGGCCUCCGCGGCUUGCCCUCCCCUAGUCCCUUGCUCCCUUCCCUCACAGGCGCAGCGGCGGGGCCUGGGGACUGUGACUUCUCUCUCUUUCUCUUCCUAAGUUAUUGACACCCUGGACUCCAAGAAGUGGGGGUGGGUGGCGCCCCCCGCUGCCCGCCCUGGGAAGUGCCUAACCUUUUUUUUUUUUUUUCUCGGUGAGGAAGGAAAAUGCGGUGUGCCUGCCCUUUGGUCCAGGAGACGGCCUGGCCCGGCUCUCAGCCCCCCGCCCCUCCACGACCUCUGGGGGCCCUCCUGGGGCCCUGCAGGCUGCCGUCCAGACACCCCCAGAGGGUCGUCCUCUGGCCCUGGCCAGGGGCACCCAGCUGCGUCCAGGUGGCCCGGAGGAGGCCCCCCUGGGUUGAGAGUCACUUUUGAUUUCUGUCUUGAAAGCAGUUUGGAAACAGUGAGGGUGGGGUGGGGACUUUUUCCAGAAUCUUCUCAGGUCUGUCCCCGGGAGGAAGGGAGGGGGGAGUCGCCUCCAGCGGUAGUGCCCCAACCUCCCCCCGCGUCUGCCCCGAGCCCUGCCCGGGGAAGCGAGCACGCAGAACGAGCACUUUGCCCAGAGCCAUCGAGGGCCGGGGGCCGGGCCACGUGGAGGCUGGCAGCUGGUGCCUCGGCCCGGGGUGGUUUCCAGGCCUGGCCACGGCCACGGCCACGCACUGAGCCAGAGCCGGGCCCGCCUUGUCCGGGCCCCUUUCUUCUGAGGGGCUCUGAGGCUGGGAGCGAGCAGGGGGCUGCUUGGGGGGUGGGGGGGAUGAGGGGCUGUUUCAUCUGAUGUGGACUGAGCACUACAGUGUUUUUCUGUGGGUUGGUGGUUUUGAUUUGCACAACGGAACAGGGAUGAACCGCCGGUGAUGCCUUGGCCCCGCCCAGGACGUGUGGUCGCGGGCGCGUUAGGGCCCGUGAUGGAACACGGUAGAGACCACGCAGCCAUCGGCCCCGCGCCGGAGCCGUGUGCCCGGGCCGCUGCCUCCGCGCUCAGACGCACCAGGCCGGCCUGCCCGUGUCUGGAGGAGAAAGGACGGGUCUCGUGGCGCCCGCGGGAGCCCCUCGAGGGCGGGGUGGCCACAUUCCCCGCGAUCGGCCCUCGGGGCAGAACCGGCCGAGGGGGGCCAGGGAACCGCCCCGCUUUCUGUGCCAGUUGUCCCUCGGUGUGUCUGCCGAAAGGACCCUGUGCCAUGUGUCUGCGCGAGGUGUGUGCCGUGGGUCGGCAGCGGGCCUGCCUGGGGGCGCGGGGUCCUCGCUGGGUGUGCACCUCCGUGUCUUGGUGCCUCUUCGGGGCCCGGAUCACCAGGGAACUGCAUUGGGCUCCCAGGGUGACCUGAGCGUGGGGGCCUGGGGCACCCAAAGUAUUCAUUUCUCCCAGAGGGAGCAGUGUGCCAAGCACCCCAGAGCCGGGCGUUUCCGGAACCCCGGGGAUUCGCAGAGGGUGCGAGACCAGUUCUAUGCCAAUGCCGGCGGGGGGGGCCCCCUGUGUCUGCACCCCUCCCCCGCCCCUCCUGUGAGGUUUGUUUUUGUUUUAUACCCUGGUGAACUUUCCAGAUUGCUGGCCUCACGCCCUUCCCCCUGUGUCAGAUUCCGGAGGGGAGACCCCUCCCCUGUCCCCCCCCCCGCCAGUGUGCCAACGCCCCCCCCCCCCCUCGUGGCCGCACAGGGAGCCUGGGGCAGGGGUCGCGGGCUCUCUCUGGUUGUACUUGUAUAUUACACAGUCCUGAUUUCAGACGAUUUAAACCUUAACCUAUUUUAAAGAAGAAUAUUAUAUAAAAAUACUGUUUUUAAACCUUUUGUCAUUUGAAAUGCAUGUAUUGUGCGCGCUGGGGGAUGGGCACAUUAGCUCAGUGCCAACGUCCUGGGGCCAAGGCUGCCAAGCUGAGGCGGGCUGGACGGCAGGCUUUGCUCGACGUGUCGGGGCCCUGACCCCUUAAUCCAGAGAUACCUGAUGGAAAUUGACUUUUCAUAUCUUUCUCCUGAAAUGAAUUCUGUUUUAAAUUGGAAUAAAUUCUGUUCCUAAA